AUGGUAGACUUGAUUGAGCGAGCUAAAAUGGUAGAACAAGUGUUGGGCUUUAAUAAAAGACUCAAAGUGUUAGACCACCGGAAGCGUCACGGAACUACUAGUUGGAACCCUCAAAUUGAAAAGACCAAAAGAAUCUCGGGGUGGUUGGAGAUUCGUUUUAGAUCGACAGAGGUGGAAGAAGCCGGGAAAAGCAGACGACGAUCUCAUCGAGGUCUACGUAGAGGUAGUUCGGUUGUUAGAGGAGGAGCUGGUAGAAGGAGCAGUGAUAUUAUUACUCAGCAGUCUGAAGCCAGAAUACCAGCUAGAGCUUAUGUGGUCAAAACUCGUGAAGAAGGCGAUGCCCACGAUGUGGUAAUAGGUAUAUUUUUAUUGUAUUCUGAGCCUGUUUAUGCGUUAAUUGAUCCUGGAUCUUCACAUUCUUACAUUAAAUCGAAUUUAGUUGAGUUGAUAAAAUUAAAAUCCGAAAUGUCUAGAGUGUCUAUUGAGGUGUCGAGUCCGUUGGGGAAAACAGUGUUAGUGAAUCAGGUUGUUCAAAGAUAUUUGGCAUAUGUUAUUAAUUCGAUUCGGUUGGAAGUCGGUGUAGUCGAUCAGACCGUAUGUGAGUUUUCAGAUGUAUUUCCUGAAGAAUUGUCGGGCUUACCACCUAACAGAGAGGUUGAAUUUGCUAUUGAAGUGUAUCCGGGUACAGCACUAAUCUCUAUACCUCCAUAUCGAAUGUCGCCCACUGAGUUGAAAGAGUUGAAGGUGCAGUUACAGGAUUUACUAGAUCGUUUGAAUAAAGUGACGAUCAAGAACCAGUAUCCGUUGCCUCGUAUAGAUGAUUUGUUUGAUCAACUUAAGGGAGCUUCAGUAUUCUCAAAAUUUGAUUUGAGAUCUGGGUAUUAUCAGCUAAAGGUGAAGGAAAGUGAUGUGCCUAAGACUGCCUUUCCUGAUGCAUUGAGUAGAAAAGCAGUGGGGGAAUUAAGGGCAAUAUUUGCUCGACUUAGUAUUAAUGAUGAUGGAAGCUUGCUAGCUGAAUUAAGGGCAAAGCCGAUGAUGUUUGAUCAGAUUAGAGCAGCUCAGAUGAAAGAUGAUAGACUAUUGAAGAAAAGAGAAAUGGUUCAGAAUGGUACAACCAAGAGUUUUAAUAUUGACGGGUAUGAUUGUUUGAGGUUUCAAAACCGAGUUUGUGUUCCAGCUAAUUUUGAACUAAAAGAGUUAAUUCUUCGAGAAGCACAUGAUAGUGCUUUUGCUUUGCACCCUGGUGGAACGAAGAUGUAUUCUCACUUUAUAGCUGUUAGAAUAGAUUGGUCAUUGCAAAAGCUUGCAGAAGUGUAUAUUCGAGAAAUUGUUAGAUUACACGGUAUUCCGGUGUCAAUAAUCUCAGAUCGAGAUCCUCGGUUCACAUCGAGAUUUUGGAGACAGCUACAUGAAUCAUUGGGUACUCGACUUAACUUUAGUACGGCUUUUCAUCCGCAAAUGAUGGACAAAUCAGAAGGGUAUCUGAGAUAUUAG